UCGACCUAUGGGAGUGUCCGCUCUUGUUGAACGUCUUUCUCAUACGAGGCGUUGCUUUCUCUAUAUGCUGUGCCGGCGCAUGCGUAUGGCAGCGAGCAGACUAUGGCCGCGGUCUGGAAGCCACUGCGCUGGAGAACCACCCGUUGUGUUGAUCUUCACGUUUAUCGUUGUGUGUCACCUGCACUGGGCCUGGCGCGGAAGUUGCCAUGUCGAAGGGGUCCGAAGCUUACAUCGUUUUUAAGCACCUCCAACGGCCGCAAAAGUGGGGAAACACUUGGACUGGCUACGUAGAAUCGCAAGAGAAGUACGACGAAUUCGUGUCUGCUCUAGCCGCCUUCGGCAUCUCAUUCAAAACCUUGAGAACGAGGCCCUCGCUCAGUGUAAAAGGGAGGCUCCUGCUGUGCACUCAGCGUGGUGGUGUCUCCAUAAAGGAAGAUGUGCCGUUCAAGGUUGUGGAGAGUAAGAAGAGAGGCUGCAUUUUUCAAAAGUGCAGCGAGGAAGAAGCAACAAGUGAGUUGGCAGCCACCUUGACUGAAGACCCCGAGUCCCCAGGCACAAGGAAGGGCCUCUGCCCUGCAAUGAUGUUCGUCAAACAAAUUGAGAGGUACCCAGAAUUCCGGGUGCCCCAUUUAAGCCAAUACAGUACCAGACGGGGACGUGAAGCUGCUGUAUCUACAACAAUAUCACGACUGAAGCUUGCUCUUAAGAAAGAGGCAGCUGGGAAACCUGUGCUCAGGCAGCGUCGCAUUUACAUCACCAUGGAUGACCAUACGUGCCAUCACCACCACGGUAGCGAUUCCAUUUGUGAAGAACAGCCAGUGAACACGAACGUAUUGCAGAACAAGGCGGAGAUCGCACAGCCCCAUCGGACAUCAACCAGAAGGAUCGGGAGCUGCUUGACAUAUUACGUUAAAGAAGUUCUUGUGGCAGAUAAGCCGAAUCCGAGGAUCAGCUCCGACGAUUGUUAUGCUACAAAACGAAGUAUAAAUGAUCACAUUCAGAGAGCCCUUCGAAAGGAAGGGUUUAGUUCCCUCGAGCAAAAGGGUAUCACAAGGUGUGUGGAAGAACUGAAUGAGAAAUUGCCAUUGACAAGCCCUCUUUUUUUUACUUAUGAGCAGAGAAGGAGGAGGGAGUUGCAGAGAUGGAGAAUAGAGUUACAGAGUGACAGUGAGCGCCAAGCUGUGCAACUCGACUGCGAUGUCUUAGCGACAGUUGCAAGCGAAUGUAAAACGGCACUGCUGCAUUGCGCCCACACAAAUUUCGUGAAGAAUCUCAUGCUCAAAUAUUUUGAGGUAGUGGUAUGUAUGGAAGCUGUGUACGACAGAACCAAUUAUGCCCUGCCAGUUUUUCUUAUUUGUUUCAAGACACCAAGCUCUUAUGCCAUGGUCGGGGCAUUUGUAAUUCACUUUGAAAUGGCUGACUGCAUAGAGGAGAUGCUUGAUUUGUUGAAGGCCAGUGACUCGGACACUGUCAGUACAAAGUUUUGGGUAGUCAAGCACAGCCAAGCAGAUAUCCGUGCAUUUUCUUCCAGUUUUCCAAGGAGCCAUCCUCUUUUGUGCAAUUUCCACCGAGAACAAGCAUGGAGUGGGUGGCGAUCCAAAGAGGCGAGCAUUGCAGGCAACAUAAGCUUAGUUAAGAAAAUGCUGCAGGAAGUGGCAUGUAGCAAGAAUGAGGAUGGGCGCAAGUUGGCAGUUGAAGCAUUGGAGCAGUCUCCCUAUUGGCAGGAAAAUAAGAAGCUGCAAGAAUUCAUAUGCCAAAAAUGGCUGUUGGUCAGGGAAAUAUUGGCAAAAAUGCACAAAUAUGCUUUUCGUUUUGACAACACAGACGAGGAUUCGGAGACUAAAAGUGGAAAGCUACAAGCUUGUUUGACACAAGGUGGUAGUCGCCAUGAGGUUCGGGGACUGGUUCGAGUUUUUGCCAAGAUGUUUUCUCCAGAAAGUGAAGUGCAGGCUUUGCAGGUCAGCACAAACUCUCUUCCUAGCUACCCUCUCCUCCACGACACUUUACCCAAGUUUCUCCAUGGCAAAGCUUCUACUGUGACGAAACAAAUCAUGGAACACCUAACGAGAGCUGCUAACUACAGAAGGUCAGAAAUUAAGCCAGGCAAAGAAGAAGGUACAUUUUUUGUCCAAUCGACUGCUCAGAGUAGCAGCUUUGAUGAAGUGAACAUCAAUGUUCCAAGCUGCACUUGUUCUCACUUUGUACAAAACGCAUCGCCAUGCAGGCACUUAGCGGCAGUCUUAUUGCUUGACGAGGGUUGGGACUUCUCACGCCUGCCAGCCGCUUACAGGAAUGAGCCACAUACGACAGCCCAUGCAGAUGCUGAUUGCACAUCACAGCAAACAGUGUCCAAAGCAUCAGAAAUGGAAAUUUGUAUCAACGUUGAACAGAAUGAGCCACAUAUGACAGCCCAUGAAUAUGCUGAUUCCACGUCACAGGAAAUAAUUAGCGAAGCAUCACAUAUGGAAGUUUUUAUCGAGGCUGAGCCAAAUGAGCCACAUAUCACAGCCCAUGAAGAUGUUGAUUCCAUGUCACAGGAAAAAAUUAGUGAGGCAUCGCAAAUGGAAGUUUGUAUGAAGGCUGAGCCGAAUUAUCCGCACGCUGCAGCGCACGAAGAUGCUGAUUCCACAUUGUGGGAAACGAUUAGCAAAGCAUCAGGAAUGGAUGUUUGUAUCAAGGUGGAGCCAAAUGAGCCGGAUAUAACGGUCUAUGAAGGCUCAAAUUGCACGUCGCAGGAAGUGAUUAGCAAGGCAUCACAAGUGGAAGUUUGUAUCAAGGUUGAACCGAAUGAACUACAUAUGACAGCUCACAAGAAUGCCGAUUGUGCAUCCGAGAAAACGAUUAGCAAGGCAUUGGAAAUGGAAGCUUGCGUCAAGGUCGAACGGGACCUACAGCCCACAGAACUUCUAUUUGAAUGUUGUACUGAAGGGCACAAAGUGGAGGUCUUCCGACAGAGUGCGUCUCACACAAAGUCACAAAUUGGAGCUCAAAUAGAGGAGAUAGAUUCUCUGCUUUGUUAUGUACAUGACAAUACUGUGUUGCAACGCGUGCUAGACAAGUUCAAUCAAGUAGGAGCACUGGUGGAACGAAAUGUGCCUGGAUGUAGUGCAGUGAGGAUGGAGAGACAUACAGAUGGGGGACACAGUAGUAGCAAAAGGAAAGGAGUAACUACGACAGCAUCAAUAAAGAAGAAAAAAGAUUACAGCAGGUCAGUCCACAGAAUGAGGUAACUGUAAGUAAGGACACGUGGAAAAUUUGUUCGCAUUAUGUUGUGCACUCACAUUAUCAUGCAUGAUUUUCUGCAUAUUAAUUUAAACACGUUGGUCUACAUCACAUGAAAUAUUGAUUCUGGUCGGCCAAUGCAGGUUUUAUAGAUGCAAGACACUGGGCUCUCUUCUCAUGCCGAUUUCACUGGAGAAUGAAUACUUGUGAAAAUCCGUGCUAUUAGCCUCAAAUAGAUUUUGCUCUUUGGUUUCAAAAAUCCAACACAUGAACAAUGACUAUGUUCUUCAUGCCGUUGCCUCUGCUCCAUCAGACUUCUCCACAUUCCUGUCACCUUGUGCUCCAGCAUGGAGCUUGUACUGCACAGUGUAUGCUGUGUACUGCUAUGUUUUUGCUUGUUAAACUGUUCCCAGUGACUGUCAUGCUAUGUACCUAGCCAUAAGGAAGUAAUGGUCGAAAAGUUGUUCAGCUUGAAAAUGCCACUGUGGCUCAUAUAAAAACGGAAGUGCUCAUUUAACAUGCGUGGAAUUCUACUUAGCAGGCAAUUGCUGGGAGCCAUGUAAUGCCAGCAUUUGUUUGCUGAAUGGUAUGUUCCUGUGAUGCACUUAGGCAAAGUAGAAUGUACACUGAACUUCAGAAUGGCAUAUUGGUAUGCAGAUUGUCAAGCUUCGAGGCCACAUGUGUGCUCCGCAUGUGAUGCACUUGCAGAUUUUGGAGGCCAUGAGAAACUGUGUGUUCACAGCUCAAUCUUAAAGUCCACCAGAAGUCUGUCCAAAUAUUGCAAGAACAAGCUUGCAUUUCAAAGGGUACAGACUGGCAUAACACAAAUGAAUAUAGAUAGUGGGUGCUUGUAUGCUGUCUAACAGAAUAAAAAAAAAAAAAACAGAGAUAUGGCAUAGGAACAAGGUUAAGUGCAGGUUAUGGUUCUCCCUUGUCUGAUGGCACAAUUAUUAAGUAUAGGCAAAAUAUAAACUUUGAAAAGUCAAUUGAUAGAAAAUUAUUUAAGUGCUUGUAGACCAUGCAUUGUUAGACUGUUGGUUGUAUUAGAAUGUAGAGAGUUGAAGUUCCUGGAGCUUGUUGAACUGUACUCUCUUCUGUGUUCUUUCUCCUUUUCUACUUCUUUUUUUUUUUGUAAUUGACAUCUGUCAGUGUGGAAAGGCUAACUUUGGCUCUUUUGUGGAUAGUACUACCUGCAUUUCCACUGUUUGUAAAAUUUCACUUGCAAGUAAAGGCUUGUUGCAUUUUA